AUUACUUAUCAGUAUCUACAUGUGAUUUGAUGUGGAAACACCACAGUAUUAGUACUGUUGUAUUAAAAUGAUUUUAAUAUUAGUGCUAAUCGUCGUCGCUACUGGUUUAUACUUGUUAAAUUUAAAUUACAAGUAUUGGGAAAAGCGCGGAGUUCCUGGGCCCAAACCUACGUUUCUUGUUGGUAACUUAACAGAAAAUUUCCUCGUAAAAAAAUCAUUGGCAGAUCUCUAUGGUGACAUAUACAAAAAAUUUCGAGACACUCGUUUAGUUGGCAUUUUCAAAGCAAGCACCCCAGCUUUAGUAAUUCGCGAUCCCGGACUAAUCAAAGAGAUUACAGUUAAAUCUUUUCAACACUUUCACGACAAUGAAUUAUACCUAGACAAAAAUAUAGACCCACUGUCAGGACGUAAUCCAUUUUUCCUAAGAGGAGAAGAAUGGAAAUCCACAAGGGCACAUUUAACUCCAGGUUUCACCAGUGGAAAAAUGAAAUGGAUUUAUCCCCUCUUGGAAGAAGUCAGCAAAAACCUCGUCAAAUAUAUCGGAAAACAUCCAGAAGCGACCACAGGAAAAGGAUGCAACGCCAAGGAAGUAUGCAUGAGAUUUACUCUGAACAAUGUAGGCACCUGCGCUUUUGGACUUGACGCAAAAUGCUUCGAAGAAGAUAAUCCAGAAUUUAAGCAAAUCGCUGACCGGUUUCUAAGUCCCGAAGGGUUCCAAAACGUCAAAGUAUUCCUUGUCAGCAUCAUACCAUUCAUAGCAAAAAUAGUUUCCAUCAAAUUCACUCCUAAAGAUGUGGAAGAAAAACUAACAAACAUAGUAAGGCAAACUUUGCAAUAUCGAGAUGCAAACAACAUUAUCAGAAACGAUUUUAUGCACAUUUUGCAUCAGUUGACGAAAACAAAUAAAGAUUUUAGGGAAGUGGACGCCACAGCUCAUGCUGCUGGAUUCUUUGGAGAUGGUUACGAAACCAGUUCGAUCGUGAUGCACUUAACGUUGUACGAGCUUGCGGCAAGCCCUGAAACUCAGUCUAAGCUCAGAGAAGAAAUAAAUAAAGCGUUUGAGGAAAACAAUGACACUUUGCCAUAUGAAGAAUUACAAAAACUGACGUAUUUAGAUGCUGCCUUUAAUGAGGCAUUACGAUUGCAUCCUCCUCUCGGUUCUUUGAACAAAAUGUGCACAAAAGAUUAUACGUAUGUACCAAGAGAUGACGAAGUUAUAAAAAAACCUUUCGUCAUUGAGAAAGGGACGCCUGUCAUUUUACCCUUGUAUGGGCUACAUCGAGAUCCUGCAUAUUUUGAUGAACCGGACCGUUUUAAACCUGAAAGAUUCCUUGAUGAGAAGAAAGAUAGUGUGAAAUAUGCUUUUUUGCCUUUUGGUGAAGGUCCUAGAGCUUGUUUAGGUCAGAGAUUUGGAUCUUUGCAAGUGAGAAUCGGUGUUGCGUAUGUUAUUAGGAAUUUUGAAAUUUUCGUCAACAAGAAGACACAGUUGCCGAUUAAAUACGAUCCAAUGUACUUUUUAACGUCACCAAGAUUACCUUUGUGGCUUGAUUUCAAGAAAAUAAGAUAAUCGAGGUAUACUAAAAUUUUUACCACAAUGUGUGGCAAAAUUAACAUAAAAAUUGUCAUUGUUUAAUGUUCCUGUGGACAAAAAGUCUUCUGCAAAAAUAGUAACUAGCUCUCAGUUUAAGUAUUAUAAUUCUGUUAUUGUAGAUAAGAUAAGCUGUAUCACUACUCAAAACCGAUUAUGGUAAAGUAUUUUUUUAAGUGUUUAUCUCCCUAAACAUAAUUUGUUGUCCCAAAGUUUAUUAAUCUAACGCACUUAUAAGUAACUGUAUAUAAAUUUUACAAUUACAAGCUACCUGAAUAACCUCACAAAUAUUUUAGUAAAACAUUGCAUCACAUAAAUUGAUGUAUAUGACGUACAAUGUACUUUAAAUAUAAGUGUAAGUGUAAGAUAUAAUAGUUUCAUAAAUAUAAUAUAAUAUUUACAUACUGCUUUAUGUUAUGUGUAAAAAUAUAGGGUGAUUUCGACAUUAUGCGUCAGUUGUAACCACGGCAUCACGUACCGUAGUAAUGUGGAAAUAUAGAAAAAAUAAAUUCAAAACCCACAUGAAUCAACCACGAUGCGAUGCCACGGAUUCACCUUUUAAACAGUAGAUGGAAAAGCGUUCGAAUAAAAACGAUGUAAACACUUUCAGUUUCAAUUAAAAGUAAAACCGA